AACCAAAAAUUCAAUCAAAAAGAUUUGAUUUUUAUUUUCCUUUUUCGGUGAGAUUUUAUCCUCCAAGGUUCUUGAUACUCUCUAGAUCGAUUAUUAGUUCGGAAAAAUGGAGGAGAAGAACAAGGAUAAGGAGAAAAAUUCCGACUUUACGUUCGAAGAUGACGAAGAUAACGAAGAUCUAGAAGAGAACAGCAGUAAGUACGAGAACGACAGUGAAACUGAUCAAAGCGAUCUCGGAGAUCUUCCUGGUGAUGCUGACGGUGGCGACGACAACGAUGAACCUUUUAUUUCCCAGGUUCAAUGGCCUCAAAGCUUUAGGGAAACGACUGAUUCUUAUACGAUUGCUGCAUCACCAAUCUUCGGGUCGCUCAGGAGUAAUCCGAGUUUCUAUAGAGCGAGCAGAAGUAAUUUAGAUGUUGAGUCUAAAGCUCCUCUGCUUCCUGAGAGGCAUGAAGAUUCAGACAAAGCCUCAGCUACACAAUCAGCUUGGUCUCAUAAAGGCUCAUUUGCUGAUGAAUUGCCCAUUGGUGGCUAUGGAUGCAGCGUCACCCAAACCAUUUUCAAUGCUAUUAAUGUAAUGGCUGGAGUUGGACUUCUCUCAACACCUUAUACAGUGAAAGAAGCUGGUUGGGCAAGUAUGGUCAUUCUUCUCUUAUUUGCUGUUAUUUGUUGUUACACUGCUACUUUAAUGAAAGACUGCUUCGAGAACAAGACCGGCAUUAUCACUUAUCCUGAUAUUGGAGAAGCAGCUUUUGGGAAAUAUGGUCGUAUUCUUAUAUGUAUGCUAUUGUACACAGAACUAUAUUCAUAUUGUGUUGAAUUCAUCAUUUUGGAAGGAGAUAACCUUACCGGGCUUUUCCCUGGUACAUCCUUGGAUUUGCUCGGGUUCCGACUUGACUCUAAACAUUUAUUUGGAAUCUUAACUGCUCUCAUUGUUCUGCCAACUGUUUGGUUGAAAGAUCUACGCAUCAUUUCCUACCUCUCAGCUGGUGGAGUUAUUGCAACCGCUUUGAUAGCAGUAAGCGUGUUUUUCCUCGGUACAACGGGUGGAAUUGGGUUUCAUCACACCGGGCAGGCUGUGAAAUGGAACGGGAUACCGUUUGCAAUUGGUAUUUACGGUUUUUGCUAUUCAGGACAUUCUGUUUUUCCAAAUAUCUACCAAUCCAUGGCUGAUAAAACCAAAUUCAACAAAGCAGUGGUCAUAUGUUUCAUUUUAUGUGUUUUGUUAUACGGAGGAGUUGCAAUCAUGGGUUAUCUCAUGUUUGGUGAAGCUACCUUGUCUCAGAUUACACUAAACAUGCCACAGAACCAAUUUUUCUCAAAAGUGGCACAGUGGACAACGGUUGUGAAUCCGUUUACAAAAUACGCUCUCCUGAUGAAUCCACUUGCAAGGAGUAUAGAAGAACUACUACCUGAAAGAAUGUCAGAGAACAUAUGGUGCUUUCUUCUUCUAAGAACAGCACUCGUCGCUUCUUCUGUUUGUUCUGCUUUCCUUAUCCCAUUUUUUGGUCUUAUGAUGGCUCUUAUAGGAUCUCUUCUCAGUAUACUCGUGGCAAUAGUAAUGCCAGCUCUAUGCUUCAUAAAAAUAAUGGGGAACAAAGCUACUAGAACACAGAUGAUUCUGAGUUCGAUAAUUGUGGCCAUCGGGUUGGUAAGCGGAACCUUGGGGACAUAUUCUUCGGUUGCGAAGAUCAUUAGGAACUAUCAAUGAAGAAACUCCAUGACAAAGCCCCAUAGUUUCUCUCCUUUUCUUUGAGUUGAAUGUUUUUGUUGAAGCUAAUAAACUCUUAAUUAAGAU